UGAUAUCAAUCGCCAUAAACAAUAAGAAGACAAAACGAACCAGCAACGCUUAAAGGCCUCUCCUUUCCUCAAAAAAUCUCCCCCAUAAAUAAAUUAAUCUUCCAAUACAGAGAAACAAACCCAUCGAUUCUUCUGGAAAUAAAAAGGUGUUUUUUCAGCUGUUGUGAAAGAUGAUGUUUCUCCACAGCAGUGUUAGACAUGGAUUGUCAUUGUCUCUUGGUGUCAUCAGUGUUAUCAGUUGGGGUGUCGCUGAGGUACCACAGAUUAUGACUAACUACUUUGAGAAAUCCACUGAAGGUCUCUCUCUUGCCUUCUUAACAACCUGGAUCAUUGGAGAUAUCUUUAAUCUCCUUGGCUGCUUGAUGGAACCAGCUACUCUUCCAACACAAUUCUACAUGGCACUGUUGUAUACAGUGACUACAUUAGUUCUCUUUGUUCAAUCUAUAUAUUACGGCCAUAUCUACCCAGGCUUGAAAAACAGAAGAAACCAAAUGGUUGAAGCAGAACGGAUAGCAAACAUAUGCAGUGAUCCGAAAAUUCCAAGUAGAUGGAGGAAUAGCUGCUCUGAUGCUACUCCUUGUGGCGUUCAAACCACACCUAUCACUAUGAUUCCUGGGAGUCACCGGACUAGUUUUACCGGAAGAGAACUGUUCUACACGUCGGCAAGAUCUUUGUCGAGUAGUCAUACACCACCAGCUGGUUCUGUCUUAGCUCAGAGAAUGGCUCGUGGUCAAAGUGAACCAUUUCUUGAAGAGCCUUUGCUUCCUGAGGAUGCCACACCUCCUUCAAUGCCUCCGUCCACCAAAUCAUUGCUAUGUGUGGUCUCAGUGUUCAUGUUUCUUGGAACGUUCAACCUCUCUAGUCUGCUUAGUGAACCAAGAACUAUGGCUUUAGGAGAGAGUGAUCGAGUAUUUGUGGUUCGAGCAGCAAGAAAGCUUCUGCAGGUCACUAGUGGCAACUUAGCAGAACAUAACGGUGGAGAAAACAGCAAGAUUGGAAUGUGGAUGGGUUGGGCAAUGGCAGUGAUUUAUAUGGGUGGAAGGCUUCCUCAAAUAUGUCUCAACAUGAGGAGAGGACAUGUGGAAGGAUUGAAUCCAUUGAUGUUCUUCUUUGCAUUAGUUGGCAAUAUGACUUAUGUAGGAAGUAUCCUUGUGGCCAGCACUGAAUGGUCAAAGAUUGCACCGAAUCUACCAUGGCUUGUGGAUGCAGGAGGAUGUGUUGUACUUGAUUUUCUUAUUCUGCUCCAGUUCUUCCACUUCCGUUGUCGCAAAGAUACAGAUUCUGAAAAGAAGUAUGAAACCGCAGAAGCUGUCUAAAACAUGGAUGCCUUGAGAACAGAUACAGUUUUGAUUCUGAUCUGACUAGCAAGAUUCAUCUCAUUCUAUUUAUAUAUUCUUUCUCAAAAAACGUGUUACAGUUUCAAAAAUUUUGUGCUGAUAAAACUACUACUGUGUUCUGAGUUUUAAUAAAAUUGUAGGUGUUUAUGGUU